UGGAAAGAUGGCCUACAUAAUUUUAAUGAUCACGUUCUCCUUUCCCUUCCAUUAUGCCUAACCAUAAGGAACAUGCUACAGGUUCAUACUGCAGUGAGCAGGGUCAUAGAGUAUUUAGAACUCACUACAGGUCAAAGAUUUCCCUCAGCUGAUACAGUUCUCCAAGGCUAUCUUCAUUUUGAGGCACUUACAGAACAUGAUUAUCAGUACUCUUGUAUGACCUGUGGUGAUCACCCACCUGUUGUCAUUAUGGACCUGCAUAAGAAGGGAGCUUUCCAUUUGUCAGUUAGUGACCUGCCACAACCUCCAGUGGACUUCAAUGGAGAAGUUGAUGUGGAACAUUUUUGGGAGGCACUUUCAAUGGAAAAAAUUGGUCGAGGAUUUGUAUCAAGUCAACAUAACAAUCCAUUUGCAGUUCCACCAAGUUUCAACUUCUGGGCACCAUGGAUAGGGAAAAAGACUCGCAGAUCAAACCUUGUCCUUAACACAGAAUUUGAAAAAGUCCGUCCACAAAAACUGGCAGAGGUGUGUGAAAUAACAGUCUCUGAAGACCGGCUGAGAGAAGAACUGUACAAGCAGAAGGUUCAACUUGUUAGAAAAUUAUGUAGGGAGUGUGGAUUGGAUUCCUCUGGAUCGCGGACUGACCUCCUCCUCAGACUGUCCAAAGAAAUGCAGUCAAGGCAGACAUAUGACAAGGUUUUUCAAAAGAUUUGGGCUGCCUCAGGUGGUUGGGCUGUGGUUAUGUGCCCAUGUGGCAUUGUUUACAGUAUUAAAUGUAACAUCCGAGCAGAAAGCCCACGUGACUUUGCAGACAUCUUGUUGUCUUGGAAACACAUGCCAAAUAUUGUUAUAUAUGACUUUGCACGUGGAUUGGCAACACAACUUAAUCUCAGAGAGCCAGAAAGAUUACCCUUCACACCACAUGAAGGACGGUUAAGGGCCCCAACUGCAGACAACAUAGCCCAAGCCAAGGAUGGAAAACUUAAGGUGUCACUACCUUGGCUGAACUGCAAGAAACAGAUUCCAGACCGUGAUGGUCAUCCAAUAACUGGUUCAGCAGAGCAUUAUGCGCUCUAUGAUAAAUUUCAUGAAGAUAACACAAAAGAUGCCCGUGAUUCCUUGCGGAGAAUUAGUCUGGUCCCACAACUUGCCGGAAAAGUCAACAGUCAAGUCGCUGAACAGUUGUUUGCAAGAUUGAGUAAAAACAAUUACUUCCUUAAUAUGGCAUUACCAUCAACUCAUCUUUUUCUCACGAGAAACAUCAUACAGCAUUAUAAUAAUCAUAAAAACAAACAACGAAUGGACAACAUCAAAAAGGUUUUUGAAGCUGAGGUAGCAAUGAACAGCUACAGCCAGGCAGUGUUAGGAAAUAUGGUAUCCUCACAGGUGUUCACAACUGAUCCAAUGGACACUGGUGUACCAAGUGUUUCAGCGGAAGUAGUGCCCCCAAAACCACCUCUCGCCAUGCCCCCAACAGUGACUCCGGCCCUCACAGUGCCCCUGACAGGAACCAUGGCCCCCCCUGUGCACCUAACAAUGAUGCCAUCUACAAUGUCACCAAGUGUUGUACACCCUGCCGUGCCUCUUUCUGCUAUGCCAGCCCUCACCUUGCCACCAACAGCAAAACUGGCCCCUGCUAUGCCUUCACCAGCAAUGGUGGCCCUUGGCUAUUUAGAGGCAAUAAAGCCCUGGGAAAAAGACUGGAAUUCAAUCCAGAGCCAACUGCUCAAUUAUGUGCUGGACACAGGACGACCAGGAGCAGAAAUAAUUGUGAAAGAAGGGUCCAUGUGUCUCACACGAGAAGAAUUCUGGAGUUUAGGUUUACUUAGAGACAUGGAUUCUAAUAUUGGGAAUGCCUGCAUGAAACUGAUCAGUGAAGCAGCUUCUCUGGUGGGCAAAGACGUUUAUAUCGAAGAUAUGUACGUUGUUCCUACAUGGAAACACAAUCCAACCAACAUAGUUGCCAAUUUUCCAGAGGAUGUCGACAUGAAAGACGUUUUAGUCUUUCCGGCUUGGACCAAAGCAAAUGGACCAGAGCACUAUGUUCUAUGUAUCAUGAAGCCACUCCUGAGAGAGCUGAUCUUUUUAGACUCCCAGUACCCAAUGCAUGAGUCUGGUUUUGGUGACGAUGAGUAUAGAGCCAUAUUUAGGAAUAUUGCUCAGCAAAUUGAUCCUGGGAGCUGGAUUGAGAAGACUGGCCAUGAUAUUGUGGGCUUACCACAUCAAAGCUGUGGAAAUGACUGUGGAAUUUUCAUGCUAAUGUAUACCCUUUCCAUCAUAACAAGCAUGGGUUUUGAAUUCCAGGAGGUGGACAUGCCUUUGAUCCGAAAGUGGUGGUGUCUUCUACUCAUGGAGCGCUUCAACAUAGAAGGCCAUGGCCAAAGGUUUGCCUUCUGGACUGAUGAGGCCAGAAAAUUGCUAAAGGGAAUCAUUCUACCAGUGUAUAGAGUUGCAAAAAAGAGGGCUAUCACUGAGGAGGUUCCAGUCCACGUGCAGGCUGUCGCUGACCGUGACGAAGAAGAAAAAAGACUUGUGGACUUCAUUGUGCGAUCACAUGGAGCUGAGCAGCAUUUACUGGGUGUACUCAAUGGGAAGCCUUCUAAGUGGUUUCCCCAAAGGCCGUCUUCCAAGGUGCCUGUCUAUCUUGACAGUGAGGAACAGCAAAACACCCUAUUUGCCCAUCUGAAGUCAGUGCUGCAGAGAAUGUCUAUACAGCUGAGCUUCACAGAUGAAGUGGAGUUCAUCCUCAGUGUUCUAUUUCCAGAGGCCAUCACAUAUGGCCUGGCUGCGCUGAGGAAUUUAUCCCUGAAACAGGCUGAGCAGGUCUUCAUCUGCGGUCCAGUUUAUCAUCACAGUGAAGUAGAGGACUUCAAUCAAAAAAUAAACAAACAACUGAAGAAAGAAGGAAGGCCAUUUAGUUGAAGUCGUUGCGAUCCAAGUCCCUGGAUAAAAAAAAAACAACGUUAAUGUGUGAAUUUUAAUAUUUGAAUUUUGUUAUUAUUUCAAAUACAUUUUAUAACCCCAAGUCUUCCUUGUGUCUCUGAUAUGUGGUUGGGAGUUCUAGGACACAUUCUAAGACAAAGUAAUAUUUAGGUGAUGAUAUUUGGGUGAAAUACACAUUAAAAGGUGUAAUUAGUUAGUUAAAUUGGUGAUAUUUGGGUGAAAUAAACAUUAAAAAUUGCAAGUAGUUAGCUGAAUUGGUGAUAUUUGGGUGAAAUAAACAUUGUAAAGUGUAAAUAGCUGAAUUGGUGAUAUUUGGGUGAAAUAAACAUUAUAAAGUGUAAAUAGCUGAAUUGGUGAUAUUUGGGUGAAAUAAACAUUAUAAAGUGUAAAUAGCUGAAUUGGUGAUAUUUGGGUGAAAUAAACAUUAUAAAGUGUAAUUAGCUGAAUUGGUGAUAUUUGGGUGAAAUAAACAUUGAAAUAAG